AUGGGUGAGAUUCACAGUAGAAAAAGUAUUCUACAUAUUUUGAUGGAUUCGACGUUCGUGGUGCAAAUGGUUGGUCAGACACCUCACAAUCAACUUUCUUUACAUGAUAAGAUUGAGAAAACUAAUGCAGAUCAUAGGUCUUUGGUUCCCGAAUUAGGUAAGAUUGAGGAUGAUGCGAUUGGGUUUGAAGAGCUUGCUGAAUCAGGAAUCAAAGAUGUGAAUGUAGAUCAGAGUUUCUCACAUACAUAUUUUAGUAACAGGACUGUCAAAGAAAAAGAAAAAAUUGAAAAGGUUAGUAGAGAAGGAAAUGAAGGAGAAGACAAUUUUGGAUGGAAAGGAGGAUCUGAUGAUGAAAUUGAAGAAGAAGAUGACAUGGAUGAAGAUGAAGUUUACAAAUUUUUUAAUCAUUUGAAUGAAGAACACAUCAUGAUUGAAAGACCAGCCGAUCAACCACAAGGAGCACUAGAUCAAUCAUGA